AAUAAGUUCAGAAGAAGAAGAAGAACUAGAAGAAGCAGAGGGAAGGGGAAAGAACCACUGCUACUGUGCGCGUUAAAUUGAUUAGAAUCUAAAAUUAAAAGGCAUUGAAGACCAUGCUGAGGGCUUGUCUGAGAGGAGCUAAUUCCACAGUCCGGAAGAACUAUGGGAGAACUGAUCUACUCAAUCUGCAACACUGCCGGCACUAUACAGCAGGAGAGAGCAGUGGUUCUGCUGCUAAAGUGAUUGCUACAGGCUUGGUGACAGUAGGUGGUGGCAUUGGAGGUACAAUCCUCUACGCCAAAUGGGACCACAAGUUUAGGGCAGCCGUGGAGAAAAACGUUCCAUACUCAGACUGGCUGUUGGGUUUGGCUUUGGGACCUGCUUCCCAAGAUGCCGGCCUCCCCAUCAAGAAACAGAUGGAGUUGGUCCAGCCUCCCUCUAUGCUGGACAAACAGGUGAAGGCAUCCAAAGCCAAGACAGAGAAAAAGGUGAAGGAGGCAGCAGAGAGUCCAGCCAAAGAGACAAGUCCAUCCCCAACACAGCCUGCACAGACCAUAGAGGAGGCUUCCGCAGAGGCAAGUCAUAUAAUCUCAGCCAUCAGUGAGGUCCCGUCAGUACCUGCUCCAUGUGACACAGAGGCAGCAGCAGUCAAAGAGGAGUGUAAAGAGUGCCAUGACCAUGAAGAUACCCCAGUGACAGCAGGAGUUCACCCUGACAUAGAGUCGGCAACAGAACCCCUGAAAGAGCGUCCAGUAGAAGAAGUGGCAGCCAGACUUGCUCAACAAGACCAGGAGGAACAGGACCUCCUGGCAUCUGUAUCAGCCAGUCUUGAAGACUCACUGGCCAGCUCGGCUCAAGCAACACUGCAGGCUAUCGGAGCUCAGGAGGCAGCCCUGCAGGCAAUCACACGACACACACUUAAACUGAAGGAAGCAAUGGAAGCAGAGGUUCCACCUGAGGAGAAGUCUGCCCAGUGGAAGGAUCUAGAAGCUUCUGUUGCUGAUAGAACCAGCGCUGUGAAUGAUGCUGGAACUGCGCUAUUGAAAGCCAAUAAAGCUUUGGACAGUCUCAAGUCCAUGAUUGACAAGUCUAAAGAGUUGAAGGUCACUGCUGUUCGCCCACUUGUUUUAGCAGCAGAGGAGAAUCUCCAUAACAUGGUGGUGGAUUUGGACAAAGUGGUCACUAAGGUGCAGUCUGCAGAGUCAGAAGCAAAAAUUGUUUCCCAGUACAGUGAACUGGUUAAUGAAGCCAAACAACAGUUCCAGAGGGAAGUAAGCAGCCUUACUCCAGAGAUCCAGGCCAACUGGAAGGGCCUCACUGGUAAACUGUCAGCGGAUGACCUGAACGCCCUAAUCGCCCACGCACACCGUCGCAUCGACCAGCUGAACCGAGAGCUGGCCGAGCAGAGAGUCCGAGAGCAGAUCCACAUCGAUGGAGCGCUGGAGCAGCAGAAGUUGGAACACCAAAAAGCCCUGGAGAAAACUGUUAACACCUCCCUGCAGCACGCUAAGGAGGACGCCCGGCUGGAGCAGGAGAAGAAGCUGUCUGAGUUGAGGGAAGUGAUGGAGGCAGAGAUGAGGACUCAGCUCCGGCGUCAGGCAGCUGCUCACACAGACCACGUCCGAGAUGUCCUCAAAGUCCAGGAGCAGGAGCUGAAAACUGAGGCUGAGCAGGUCCUGAACAGUAAGAUGCUGGAACAGGAGACCCACUACCGUCAGCUGAGCCAGGAACAGCUGGAUAACUUCACUCUGGAUAUGAACACUGCCUAUGCAAGACUGAAGGGGAUGGAGGAGGCCAUAGACAGCCAUGUGGUAGCAGAGGAGGAGGCCCGUAAAGCUCACCAGCUCUGGCUCUCUGUGGAGGCUCUCAACUACACUUUAAAGACCGCUGACGCCGAUUCCCUCACUAAGCCUUUAGAGAGCGCCGCUCAGGCAGUGCGAGACAGCUGCCACGACAACGAAUUUGCCCUGGCUCUGGCAUCAGCUCUUCCAGGAGAAUCCCUGCAGCGUGGUGUGUACAGUGAGGCCUCUCUCCGUGCCCGCUUCAACUCCCUACGCUCACUGGCUCGCCGGGUCGCCCUUAUUGACGAAUCUCACAACUCCUUGUACCAGUAUUUCUUGUCCUACAUUCAAGCUGCACUGCUGUUUGAGGAUAAACAAGAAGCACCACCUGCCCAGCUGAGCAGUGAGGAUUUAGACCCAUUCAAGCUUCUGUCAUAUGCUAGCUACUGCUUGGAGCAUGGGGAUCUGGAGUUAGCAGCUAAACUGGUGAACCAGUUAAGAGGAGAGGCCAGGAGAGCAGUGGAGGACUGGCUGACUGAAGCCAGACUCACACUGGAAACCAGGCAGGUCAUCAGUUUGCUGUCAGCUUAUGCAAAUGCUGUGGGAUUAGGAACCACCCAGGCUCCAUAGGCUGCCACUCCCAUUUAACCUGGCAGCCAUUAAAGGAAAACUCCACUGAAAAUGACUCUUCUGAGUAUCAAAUAGUGGCACAGUGUAGGAUUUUAAGUGAAGCUCAGUAGAGGAUGUAGCUUGCUUCUUUGUGGAGUAAGGCAGCUGUUGGAUUCACAACAGUGUUUGAUACUCAGAAGAGAUUUUCAGUGGUGUUAACUGAAGUUAACCAAGUGAUGGAUGUUAAGAUACAUUUGUUUUAAAGCACUAUGUCACCGGAGGAUUACUUGUAUGAUAUAAUUGAUGCACCCUUUGAUUCUAGUCUUGCCAAUUCAGGCCCGUGUUUGAUCCAGGUAUUUAUUUUUUGGCUUUGCCUGAAAUGUUAUGGAAAAUUUAAUUAAUCUAACAUUAAAGAAUAUGUCAUGCUGCAUUUUAUUUUUGUCAAUACUGUACAUGUUACAAUAAAUCACGAACAAGAAAA